AAUACCCAAAAGGAGACCCCAACCUCUCCAUCCAUUCUCCACAGUCGCCAGGUCAACACACAAGACUCUCGGCCCAUUCCCUACAGGCAUCAGGUCAGCAUCCAAGAACCCUUGCCCAUUAUCCACAAUCGCCGGGUCAGCACCCAAGAACCUCCAUUAGUCAACAGUCUCUGGGCUGGUACCCAAGACACACCAUCUGUCACCCACAGUCGUCGUGUCAGUACUGAGGACACACCAGCCACUCUUAGCAGUCACCGGGUCAGUGUCCAAGAUGCACCAUCAGUUAGCUACAGUCAUCACUUCAGCACCCAAGAUGUUCCAUCCAAUUUCCAAACUCACUACUUCAACGUUCAAAAUUCUCUGUUAAUGACUACCAACUCCCUGACUAAUAUAGAGUCAGAUACCCACAGCAGAAGUCAAGCUAGUAGCAAUAGCCACUGGCCAAGACGCUGGAGUUCUCACUCAAGUAUUCAAGGCCUCACACCGCCAGUCAGGGCUAAAGUCGAUGUCCCCCCUUCAAUUACUCACAGCCCCACAGUCAGUAUCAAAAGCGUUGAAUCAGUCAUCUGGCCCUCCCAGGAGAGUUUCAAAGGCUCUGAGGACAAUACCCAAUCCAACCAAAGUACUCUAGAAAAUAAUAUCCAGAGCACACAGGCAAGCAGAUCCAAAGAGAUCAAUGCUGACAGGUUUCAGAACAGGGGUAGACACAGCCAUUCACAGCUGCCCAUGGGCUGGCGGCUGCUGCACGGAGCCAAGAAGAUCAGCCGUCAACUGAGUCUGGCACUAAGCCUGGUUGGCAUGAUGAUCAUCGGUCUCAUCUCUCUGGGCCAGCCCUGGAUCCACUUCCAGGUGCCACUCAGACCUCCUGAGCACCCUGAUGGCUUCUUGACCAUCCCCAUCAACACUGUCCUCUUUGUGCAGUGCCCUGACAUCUCCUGCCUACAUGAGUACGACCAGAAUGCUUAUUUGCUGGACUUUGCCUGGGCCUUUCUCCUCCUCGCCAGCAUCGCCAGCUUCUGCCUCUGCAUUUUACUCAUAAACAUCAUCUUCUUCACCAGCUCCAACUUGCCCGUGCUGGACUUCUCCAACGUCAUCAUCAGCCUCCUGGCAGGGACCAGCAUCAUCUUGGGUGUCCUGUUCUACCUGCUGCAGGCCAGGGAGUACUUGCAGGAAGGCAUGACUUACAAGCUGGGGCUCAGCUUCUACCUGGCAUGGAUCGGCGUCUUUGUCUUCCUGAUGACUGGCUUCUUUUCCUAUCUCAACUACAUGAAUUUCUGGUCCAUCCUGGCGCUCCAGGCCAUCUGGACUUAGGACGUGGGAAUGACUCCACCUCUCCAGGCCUGUCUCCAUGGCUCUCUGCCAAGUACCUGACAACCAGCUCUCAAGCCCUCCACCCCUCUGAGAGUUUUUGCCCUUUUCAGUCCUCUCUGAAUCCCCCCACUCAGAUUAAUAAUUAGUAUAUCUAAACAAUCUGUAUUCUUGCCCAGAAUAUUCUCCUAGCUCAGUACAUUGUUAAGUGUCCUGUAGAAAUGCCCCUCUCCUUGGGCCCUCUGGGGUAGAGGGACAGGUAAGGGAAGGAACUCAGGAGAAAGAGAUGCAAGGCACAAGGUCAACAAAGAGACUGAGCCAACAGUUCCUGGCAUACAUACAGAUGAUGCCGAUCAAUAUUUGUUGGAUAGCUGAGUCUCUACAGGCUCUCAAGGCUUUAUCUUUUACUUUCAUGAACGCCAGUAAUGUGCCCUUUCUGAAGCCAAUUCUCUCUGCACCCACACUUUGCCUCCUGCUUUUCCCAGCAUCCCCCAUUGUGACCUCCUCUUCUUCCUUAAUCGUCCCCCAACACAGAGCUGUUUUU